AUGCUUAGUGAUACAAGCCUAUUUUGGUAUUCAGCAUUACAACACGAUGAAAUAACUCGACAUAGAAGUCAUUCAAUACAUCAACUCUUCAAUUCGUCAGCACUAGCUGGUACGGAUACAGCACCUUUAUCUAAUAUUUCAUAUCAUUUUUCGUCUCAAUACGCUGCAUCAUUUUAUGUACAGUAUUAUGGGACUUGGACCAAUACUCAAAUAAGUAUUAUCAACACCCUCAUUGCGAAUAUAGGAAAUACAACAUGGUUCAACAUCCAAAAGACUUACUAUUAUCAAGCUACAGACACAAGUCCCAAAGUAAACACAGCAGGUCCACUCACUCUCGGAGGUGCAUGGAUAUUGAGCUCUGGUUUGGGAAAUGCACUUACAGGUACGAUUAUACCAAAUAGAUUCAUCUACUAUAUUAACAAUGGAAUAUUGCCAAAUGAUCCAGGUGGUAUUUAUUUGUGGCUCAACUCUGCAAGUGUAACCGAAAGUAAUUCAGUGAUUAAUGGAUCUUUCCUGACCAAUUAUUGCGGAUAUCAUUACCGUUUCCAGAUUACAGGUAUAAACUAUAUGUAUGGGUUUAUAGGAAAUGCAGGACGGUUCAUUGGACAAGGUUGUGAUCCCUCUGCGAUUAACCCUACUCUCUCACCUAAUGAUGAUCUCGGUGUUGACGCCAUGGCAAGUAUCAUUGCACAUGAAAUAGUAGAAGCAAUGUCUGAUCCAUUCGGAAAUGCAUGGUAUGAUUCGAAUGGUGCUGAAAAUGCGGAUAAGUGUGCCUGGAAUUUUGGAACUGUUUCUCAAUCUCCAAACGGAGCUAAUUAUAACCUACUUGCUGGUGGCCGGUAUUAUCUUAUUCAACAAAAUUGGAAUGCAAUACUUCAGGCAUGCGCACAGUCCGCCUAA